AUGGGUUACAAUUAUGAUUACUAUUCGGAACGCUCCUACAGUGUUCCUUAUAUGCGAUAUGGACCCUUUGAAAUAACCACGUUUCUUAUGGGAUGUUUCAUCUGUGUAGCGAUUAUGUUUAGUUUUGCCUGUACUAUUGGGUAUCUUGCGGACCUUGCGGAGGAAUUCCCUACACGCACAAAGAAAAUUCUUCAUACAGUGACUCUUUUAGUUUUGAUAAUACAUACUUUUAUUCUUCUCUUAGAUCGUUUGAGUUGGUGGCGCUCGCUUGUGAGCAUUAUAACAAAUGUGUUGUAUUUGCGAAUUCUAGCGAAUUACCCACGCUUCGCAUUCACUCAACCUUUAUCUAUUGCAGCUAUUGUGGGAUUAUUUCUAGAGAUGAUCUCAUGGUAUACCUUCUUUCUCUUUUCUUCUUCUGGAAACAUGUCAAUGGGAGUUACAAGACUUAUUUCUUUUGUUGUAUUUAUUUUACUCGUACCAAUUGGUCUUCUUGUCUCGUUAGAAGUGGAACCGGUAACGUUACCUGGUAGUAGUAUUAGCAACAGAGCUUCCUCAUCAUCCUAUCAUGCGGAUAUUUCUUCUAGUGAACGCAAAAUGACAGUGCUGAAGGCGAUAAAGAGUUGGUUCACAGUUUCAACGGAUUAG